CUCAAUUUUAUUUUAGAAAGCAAAAGCAAACGAUAAGGUUAGAAUACCAAACUGCAAUAAUAAAACGCAAAUAAACAAUUGAAUUAAAUAAAAUUAUAAACAAUAAAAAUGAGUAAAGGAGGUAGACCAUGUCAUGAUUAUUGGGAAAGAGGACAAUUUAUACGACAAACAAGAAAUGAUAAAUUAGUUGCAGCAUGUGCACUUUGUGAUAAAGUAUUGUUAAAUACAUCACAGUCAAGAUUACAACAACACAGAAAUGUUUGUCCAAAAGAUCAUGAUUCAAAAUUAUCAUCACCAAUUAUUAUUAAAAAUAAUCCAAUAAAAACAGGAGUAAGCUCAUCAUCAUCAUCAUCGUCAGUAGCUGUUCCAAAUGGUAUUUUUAUCAAUGGAAUACCAGUUAAUUCAUCAGCUGAUAAUUUACAAUAUAUUGUUGUUCCUGUUAAUUCAAAUAUGCAACCAAUUGAAAAUGAAGAAAUGGGUAAUAUUAUUAAUCAAUUACCAAAUAGAAAACGUAAAGCUGAUCAAGCAAAUAUCAAGACAUGGAUAGAUAGUAUCACAAAUGAAGAUCAAAAAAAAGCUGAUAAAUUACUUCUUAAAUUUUUGUAUUCAUCAAAUCUUCCAUUGGGAAUAUUGGAAUCAGUGCAUUUUAUGAAUUUUGUCAAAGCUUUGAGACCAGCAUACAGAUUACCAACUUCUGAAGAUACGUAUGAAAUUCUUGAUGAAAUAAUGGAAUAAUUAUUAAUUAAUUUAGCUUUUUUUUUCAUAAAUUAUCUACUUAUAUGUAUCUUUUUUUUAAAUAAUAUUG